AUGAGCUUGCCCAUUCUCAAGAAGUACCACAAGGAGCCAUAUCCUGCCAUUCACCCAACCCGUCCGGAGCUGAGCCAGAAGGGCAAGACCAUACUGGUGACAGGAAGCAGCACUGGCAUUGGAUACGCCAUCGCCGAAGCUUUCAUCACCGCCCAGGCGGAUCGAGUCAUUGUCACGGGCCGACGGGCUGGAGUGCUUGACGAAGCUGUUGCUCAGCUCAAAAAGGACGCCCAGAAUUCCAGCCCAGCGACCAUCAUCGAAGCCAAGGUGAUCGAUGUUUCGAAUCUCGAGGAUUCGAAACAGCUCUGGGCCCAGCUGGAAUCCGACGGGGUCUACGUAGACACCCUAGUUCUGAACGCGGCCAGCUUUGGUCAAAAGAAGCCAAUCCUUGAGACCGACUUUGAGGUUGUCUGGAACGACUUUGUAGUCAAUGUGCGAGCACCUCUUGACUUGACCCAACGCUUCUACAAGCAGACAACUGGAAAGGGACAAAAGUACCUCGUUAAUGUUUCCACCAUUGCUGCGUACAUGUGGGCUUUGGCCGCGGAACGCCCGACUUACGGCUUGACCAAAAGUGCCGGCACCCUCCUUGUCCAGCAGAUCGCCAAGGACAUCAGCGCGGACGAGAUCCAGAUCGUCAGCUUCCACCCAGGUGCCGUGAAAACCGAAGCCGCCGAAAGGGAUGGCAUGGCAGACCUCCCGAUCAAAUGGGACGACGCAAACCUCGCAGGCCACACGGCCGUCUGGGCGGCUACCCCCGAGGCCAAAUUCCUGCACGGCCGCUUCUUCUGGGCCAAUUGGGAUGUGGAUGAGGUCAAGCAUGGGGAGGCAGGGAAACAGAUUGCGGAAGAUGAGAAUUUCCUCAAGGUCGGGAUGGAGGGUCUCGCGGAGAAGAACGGCGGAGCCAUCUUUUAA